GAGACUCACCAUGGCCAUGUUGACCGUUCUUCUGCUUCUCAGUGCUGCCUUUGCUCUGGGAGACGCAAGUAAGAGUCCACUUUACAUGAUUCAUUCUGUAUUUGUUUUGUUGUAGCAGAGGUGACUGACUGAUAUACUAAUAAUAUUGUAGUUGUGAUAUGUAGAUCCGUCUCGACUAGUCUUUAAAGCCAGCUGCAACUUCUCCUUUCAGAUUCAUUUGUAGAAGAAGACUUGUGUCCCCGCGGUUGGACCAAAUAUGGAUCACGCUGCUUCAUGUUUGUUAAGACUGCAAGGACCUGGCCUGAAGCAGAGGUAUCAUGCUUACAUCUACUGUUAAUUUAAAGGGGAAGUUGAAUUGAAAUCAACCCUUUGACAUUACAUUAAAGGUGAUUUUAUGUUUUUAAAUCCGGUAACACAUGCCUCAUGUAAAAUACUGAACUUCCCUUUAAGAUAUUGUUUAGUUGGAAUGUCCUAGAAGUUUGGAAUAUUUAUUUAAUGUGUGAGGUCAGGCCUCCUGUAUAUUGGAACCCACAGGACAUGGCUUAAUACAUCAACUAAUAUCUUUAAGAUCAUGUUUAAAAGGGAAUUAGUUCCGACUGUCAAUAUUUGAGAGUCCAGAAGACAAAUUCUCAGACUGGCCAGCUGACUAACACUUACAUUAUGAAAUGGCUUUGUCCCCAUCUACUGCAUUCUCUAGCGGCACUGUGUGUCCCUUGGUGAAAAACUGGUGUCUGUGCCCAGAACUGUAGAGUACCUUGGAGCAAACCUGGCAUCUGUACACAGCUCUGAGGAGGAGCAAUUUCUACAGACGUUGGUCAAGACUGGUGGUUUCCCUCCUACCUGGAUUGGAGGAUUUGAUGCUGAUAAGUCAAAGGUGGGACAUGUUCCCAGGUGACAGGAAGCCUAGCAGUUAUGAGCGUUGGGCCAAUGAAGGCAAGGUUGCUGGUUUGAAUCCCAGAGCGCACUGUGGAAAACUAUUAUGUGCCCUUGAGCAAUGCACUUAACCCUAAUUGCUCCUGUAAAUCGUUCUAGAUGAGAGCAUCUGCUAAUUGACUAAAAUGUAAAUGUCGCCAACUGUCAUACUUCAGUAGAAGGCUUUUAUACUAAUGUAAAACGGUAAUAGUUCAGUAUAAAUUGUCUCAAAGUAACCUGUUCCAGACAGUCUGCCUGUUCUUGUAUGGUGUUUCUAGCUUCAACAGUUGUAGACAAGUGAUGCUCAUUGAAAUGCGUUGGGAUGAUUGUAAAUGUGAUCAGGAAGUAGGCUCCAUUUUUCUCUUUACACAAGCAACAGCUCCAGUCUGAGUUGUAAAAUUUUGGCGGUAGCUUUGACUGUUUCAGGAGGUAGAGGAGAGGGCUAUACAUUUUGGAUUUAUUCUGGAACCUCCCUUUUCCCCCCUUCAGGACAGGCUAUGGUUCUGGAGCGACGGCUCUGACUUUGAUCACCAGAACUGGGCCAAAGGACGGCCCAAUAACUCUGGUGCCAGAGAGAUGUGUAUUCAGAUGAACUUUGGAGGUACAGUAAGCCCAGUGUCAUUCACUGAUCCAGCCUUGAAAUUAAACUUCACUCAUAGUAUAUUUACCAAAUGCAUCUCCGACACUCAUGCAGACGUUCCUCCUGUUGUGUUUCCUCUUAAGGUGAACGCCGCUGGAACAAUGCAAUAUGUGGAACGAGCUUGCUCUCUGUGUGCUCCCUGAGACUCUUGCCACUCCGUCAAUCUAUAAAC